AUGAUGAACACCAAGAAAACAGUGAAGUCUUUCAGCAGUCACUCCUCUGUAAGUGUGAGCAGCAACAGGCGGACCCCCCUCACCCAUUCAGGGAUGGUUUCAAGAGAAGGUUGGGGCUCCAGUCCAGUCAUAUGCCCUCCAAUUACAGCUGUACAGGUAAAUGAAAGUCUUCUGGCACCUCUGAACUUGGAGAUUGACCCGAACAUCCAGGCCAUCAGGACUCAGGAGAAAGAGGAAAUCAAGACACUCAACAACCGCUUUGCUUCAUUCAUUGACAAAGAACUCCGUGAACUCCAGACUCAGAUCAAGGACACAUCAGUUGUUGUAGAGAUGGACAACAGCAGAAAUCUGGACAUGGACACCAUUGUGGCUGAAGUUCGUGCUCAGUAUGAGGAGAUUGCAAACCGCAACCGUGCUGAAGCAGAGAGCUGGUACAAACAGAAGUAUGAGGAGAUUGCCAACCGCAACCGUGCUGAAGCAGAGAGCUGGUACAAACAGAAGUAUGAAGAAAUGCAGCUGAUGGUCAACAAACAUGGGGAUGACCUGAAAAACGCGAAGGCUAAUAUCGCCGAGUACAAUCGAAGAAUUGCACGUAUACACUCUGAGAUGGAACUUGUUAAGGGACAGCAUUCAAACCACGAGGUGCAGAUCAAAGAGGCAGAAGAACGAGGUGAACUAGCUGUGAAAGAUGCAAAACUGCGUCUGCAGGAGCUGGAAGCAGCUCUUCUGAGAGCUAAACAUGAUAUGGCUCGUCAGGUGCGCGAGUAUCAGUCAUUAAUGAACAUCAAACUGGCUCUGGACAUUGAGAUCGCCACCUAUAGGAAACUCCUGGAAGGAGAAGAGAGCAGACUGUAUGGUUCAUUCCAGACUCUCUCCAUCUCUAAACCACACUCCUUGAACUACGAUCUUGAAAGCAGCCACCUUGUAAGUGUCUCAUCACAGAGUUCUGGGAAAGAUGUUCAGAAAACAGGCCUGGUUAAGCAGAAAGCUGUGACUGCAAAGGAGGUCAGCACUAGCAGCAGCACUGCCACCAUCACCAAAAGCACAAAGACCACCAUCAUCACCAGUGAGACAGGGAAGAAACUCGUAGCUACAGAGGGAAGUGUGCAAGUGAUGGAUAAGUCUGCAGACAAACAAGAGGAGGAUGUUUUUGAAUGACAGAAGAGCAGAUGGAUUGUGUUAUGCACAGGGCCCAGGAUCAGAUUUUUAUAGGUUGGCCUCCACCCCCUCCCCUGGGCUCCAUGAGCA